CUGCUGGGGGACCCACGUAAGAGGAUGCGCUACUUCGACCCCCUCCGCAAUGAGUAUUUUUUCGACCGUAACCGUCCCAGCUUUGACGCCAUCCUCUACUACUACCAGUCGGGUGGGCGCAUCCGGCGACCCGUCAACGUCCCCAUCGAUAUCUUCUCCGAGGAGAUCCGCUUCUACCAGCUAGGGGAGGAGGCCAUGGAGAAGUUUCGGGAGGACGAGGGUUUCAUUCGGGAGGAGCAGCGACCGCUUCCCGACAAGGAGUUUCAGCGCCAAGUGUGGCUCCUCUUCGAGUACCCCGAGAGCUCCGGGCCGGCCCGAGGCAUUGCCAUCGUCUCUGUCCUGGUCAUCCUUAUCUCUAUCGUCAUCUUCUGUCUGGAGACCCUGCCUGAAUUCAGGGACGACCACGACUAUGAGGGAACUGGAGGGACCUUUGGGACGGGUGGUGGCCCUCUCCCACCUGAUGUCUUCACCAACUCCUCAUCCUCGGCCACUUCCAUGGUGUCGUCCUUCACCGACCCUUUCUUUGUGGUGGAGACUUUGUGCAUCAUCUGGUUCUCCUUCGAGCUGCUGGUCCGCUUCUUUGCCUGCCCCAGCAAGGCCACCUUCUCCAAGAACAUCAUGAACAUCAUUGACAUUGUGGCCAUCAUUCCCUACUUCAUCACGCUGGGCACCGAGCUGGCUGAGCGGCAAGGCAACGGCCAGCAAGCCAUGUCCUUAGCCAUCCUCAGAGUCAUCCGGCUGGUGAGGGUCUUCCGUAUCUUCAAGCUCUCCCGGCACUCCAAGGGGCUGCAGAUCCUGGGGCAGACCCUCAAGGCCAGCAUGCGGGAGCUGGGCUUGCUCAUCUUCUUCCUCUUCAUCGGCGUCAUCCUCUUCUCCAGCGCUGUCUACUUUGCAGAAGCCGAUGAUCCCAGUUCAGGUUUCAGUAGCAUCCCCGAUGCCUUCUGGUGGGCGGUGGUGACCAUGACCACGGUGGGCUACGGGGACAUGCACCCCAUCACCAUUGGGGGUAAGAUUGUGGGGUCUCUCUGUGCCAUUGCGGGGGUGCUAACCAUCGCUCUCCCUGUGCCUGUGAUAGUCUCCAAUUUCAACUAUUUCUACCACCGAGAGACAGAAGGUGAGGAGCAAGCCCAAUACAUGCACGUCGGGAGCUGCCAGCAUCUCUCAUCCAGCGAGGAGAUGAGGAAGGCUCGCAGCAAUUCCACCCUCAGCAAGUCCGAGUACAUGGUGAUCGAGGAGGGGGGAAUCAACCACAGUGCGUUCAAACAGGCUGCCUUUAAGACAGGCAACUGCACAACCACAAACAAUCCCAACUGUGUGAACAUCAAAAAGAUCUUUACGGAUGUUUAA